AAGGCGCCGCGACGCCCUCUCGGCCGCGUCGGCGCCGAGCGCGUUCGGGAGAACAGGCCCUCCGGGCGCCUGACCUGGGCCCCGCCCCGGGGGCGGCCCUGCCGCCUGGGAAGGGAUGCGGAGAAGUCGCCUCCCUGUCCUCCCCUCCGUAGAGCCGGACCCAGGACGCGCCGCAGCCGGAACGUCCGGGGGUCAUGCAGCCUCCGGGUCCCUUGAGAAGGAAGCACAGCGUGGCCCCGAAUUAACGCGUGACUCAAGGACAGCCCCAAACCCAACUUCUGGGAGCUACUCCGAGGAGGGGAUCGUCGAGGGUGGCUGCCAGUCACGGGACAGGUGCCAGUGAUUGGAUUGAGGUUCUGCACCUGCUAACCCUGAUCCCGCCGGACCCUGGAGACUUGCUCUGGAAUUCUUGCCUGGAGCUCUGGUGCCAGCUGAACAUGUGUGUCUGAAAUGCCUGCUCAGCGUAGCGGGAGUCUCUGGGCAGCCCGGCCCUGUCCCUGAGGUUGGAUCAUGAAGGUGCCGGGGAGGAGCCGCUUCUGGAUGUGGCUUCCGUUCCUGCAGCUGCUGGUGAGCAGCGAGCAGCCCGAGGGCAUGGCGGGGCCCGCUGGCGAGCGGCCCCGAGGCCGGGGGGCGGCUGUCCCACAGAGGAGGCCCUGGGUUCUGGACGGCUGCAGGAGGCUCUCCGGGCUCCUGCGCCAGAAGGCCGCGGUUCUGAACAAGCUGGAGGACGCGAUCAGAGCUGUGGAGAGGGACGCCAGCCUCUCGGACCAAGAGAAGAUGUUCCAGGUGCACACGCUUGAGAUUUUCCAGAAGGAGCUGAAUGAAAGCGAGAACUCAGUCUUCCAGGCUGUCCACGGCCUCCAGAGGGCGCUGCAGGGCGACUACAGGGACGUGGCCAACAUGAGGGAGAGCAGCCGGCAGCGCCUGGAGGCCCUGCGCGAGGCGGCCAUCAAGGAGGAGACAGAAUAUGUGGAACUUCUGGCAGCAGAAAAACAUCAAGUUGAAGCCCUUAAAAACAUGCAGCAUCGAAACAAGAGUCUGUCUAUGCUGGACGAGAUCCUCGAGGACGUGCGGAGGGCGGCAGACCGUCUGGAGCUGGAGAUUGAGGAGCACGCCUUCGACGACAAUAAGGCGGUCAAAGGGGUCAAUUUUGAGGCGGUCCUGCGGGUGGAGGAGGAGGAGGCCGACUCUCAGCAGAACCUCAGCAGGCGGGAGGUGGAGGAGGACCUGGGCCUGAGCAUGCUCAUCGACUCCCAGAACAACCAGUAUAUCCUGACGCGGCCCCGGGACGCCACCAUCCCGCGGGCUGACCACCACCUCAUAAAGGACAUCGUCAGCAUCGUGAUGCUCUCCCUGCCCUGUGGCUGGCUCUGCACCACCAUCGGGCUGCCCACCAUGUUCGGCUACAUCAUCUGCGGCGUGCUGCUGGGGCCCUCCGGACUCAACAGUAUCAAGUCGAUUGUGCAGGUGGAGACAUUAGGGGAGUUUGGUGUGUUCUUCACUCUGUUCCUCGUUGGCUUAGAGUUUUCCCCAGAGAAGCUAAGAAAGGUGUGGAAGAUCUCCCUGCAGGGGCCCUGCUACAUGACUCUGCUCAUGGUGGCCUUCGGCUUGGUCUGGGGCCACCUUCUGCAGAUCAGACCCACCCAGAGCGUCUUUAUCUCUACCUGCCUGUCCUUGUCGAGCACACCUCUGGUGUCCAAGUUCCUCGUGGGCAGCUCCCGCAGUGACAAGGAAGGCGACAUCGACUAUGGGGCGCUGCUGCUGGGGAUGCUGGUGACUCAGGAUGUGCAGCUGGGGCUGUUCAUCGCCAUCCUACCCACGCUCAUCCAGGCGGGAGCCGGUGCUCAUGCCAGCGUUGCCAUGGAGGCCCUGCGGCUCCUGGCCCUGGUCGGGCAAGUCGUCUUCUCGCUCGCUGCUGUUCUGCUCGUCUGUCUGCUGGUGAGGACCUACCUCGUGGGGCCUUACUGCCGGAAGCUGCACGCAGAGAGCAAAGGGAACAAGGAGAUCCUGGUCCUGGGCAUCUCCGCCUUCACCUUCCUCAUGCUGACGGUCACCGAGCUGUUGGAUGUGUCCAUGGAGCUGGGCUGCUUCCUGGCUGGAGCCCUGGUGUCCUCGCAGGGCCAUGCGGUCGCUGAGGAGGUCGUGUCCUACGUGGAGCCCGUCCGAGACUUCCUGGCCAUCGUGUUCUUUGCGUCCAUAGGCCUUCACGUGUUCCCCACCUUCGUGCUCUACGAGCUCACUGUCCUGCUGGUCCUCACGCUCGCAGUGGUGGUCAUGAAGUUCGUCCUGGCAGCCCUGGUCCUGUCCCUGCUCCUGCCCAAGACAAGCCAGUAUGUCAAGUGGAUCGUGGCCGCCGGGCUGGCCCAGGUCAGCGAGUUCGCACUGGUCCUGGGGAGCCGGGCACGCAGAGCCCGAGUCAUCUCCCGGGAGGUGUACCUGCUCAUCCUGAGCGUGACCACGCUCAGCCUCCUCCUCGCUCCGCUGCUCUGGCGCGCUGCCGUCGCCCGGUGCGCGCCCCGGCCGGAGAGGCGGUCCAGCCUCUGAGGACCGCGGCCAGGCGACCGGCGGAGCUGUCACCGCUCCCGGACCUGCUGUGCCCGCACUGGAGAGUCUGGGGAGGCCGCGUCCGUGUAACGCUGCCUUGGCGGUUGUGCCUGGAUGUGCCUUUUCUCCUGAAAUUACCGUUAACUUCCUGUUCUUACUCCAUCACUUUGCGUGUUUUUUUGGUAAAGAAAAAAUUAAGGAGGCUUUUUUAUUUAUUGUACAACUUUUUGUUGUAAUCUGUUGGUUGGUACUUUAUUAAUGUUUCUGUGAUGUGAGCUUUUAAUUCUGACAGUUCGGAAAGUUACUUUUACUUAAAGUCUGUGUUUUCUAGAGACAAAGGUCUUUUAAAUGUGUGUUUGCUUUUUAUUACAAUUUUAAAACACUUUCAUGUCAAUUUUUAUUAGGAAUACCAUUCCUUUAAAGUAUUUGGUUUUGAAUCAUGAGAAUAUGCAUUCUUAAUAAAGAUCUUUAUGACCAAAAUAUAA